GGGAUCUCCUUCCCGGCGUUGAGGAAGUGCUGCUGUGCAUGCGGUACUGCGGCGGCUCUCGGAGGCCCGGGUCCCUUUCGGUUCGCGGUGGGGCAGAGUCCCGGGAGGCCUGGCCCGCGGCGCUCAGGCGAGCUGUGCGGGCCGCGGCGGCGGGCGCUGGUGGCUUCCCUGGGUAGCUGCAGGUCCGGUUCCCUGAGCCCGGUGGGACGUUGGCGCAGAACUUUGUCGAAUUCGGGCCUUACCGCCUUCGCCCCCGCGUACCCAGGCUACCUUCGUCAGUCUUGGCCUAUCUCAAUUCCAGUGUAUCCUUUAUCUGCUGUGCCCCAGCUCCUGGAAGAAACGAAACUGGGUGUCAGGAGAAGUAACUUCCUUCUAGAAUCAGAAACUUAUUUCCCUUAUCUGGAGAGAAACGAGAAAAAAGAGGGGAAAAAAUGUAGAGAGAUUUUGUAAAGAUUUAUUUAGAUGAAAGGGAUAAUUGCCCUCGUCUUUUUUUUUUUCUUUCUGUUAUUAAGUUCGUGACACCUGGGUGAUUGUCUAGUUAGGAAAGUGGUGGUGUGAUUGCUUAAAAGUUUUGUUUUUUUUUAAACACCUUCCUAUAAGUAGUCAGCAUUCCAUUAGCCCCUCAAAUCUAAAUACUCAUAACUCGUUUGAUACUGAACUUCAGAGGGAUGAGUUGUUCGAUAACAUAAUGAAGCCAGCGUCUAUAACCCAGUUUCCUAGAUUCUGGGAGUAAGUGCUGUUUCCCGACAGCCUCUUAGCUUUUGCCUUUGGGCUGUGCAGUGUGUGUUUGUCUUCCAUCAUUUUCUAGCUGUAGUAACCUGUCUGAUCCAGGGUUUCCAUGUAUGUGAAACCAUAUAUGUAAAAUGGUAGCAGUAGUGUUCAGUUUGACAUAUGUGAAGCUCUGAAGUGUCACUAAGGUGCAGUUACUCUCAUACUACAUGCAAGUAAAUAUGUUGAUCAACUGUAGACUGUUGUUUUCUUUUAAUCAUAUCUUGCUUGGACAACUAAUUAAAUAUACUUUUUUUUUAACCUCUUAAACCAAACACUUUGAAUUUUUGUUUUGUGAGGUGGAGUCUCACUAUGCAGCUCUGACUGGUUUGGAACUAUGGACCAGGCUGGCCUCCAAUUCGUGGAGAGCCACCUGCCUCUGCCUUAGGUGUUCAUCACCAUGCCUUAGUGAAAUGUUUUAUUUAUUUUAUUAUUUUCUUUGCUAUCUUAAAGUUAAGGCACAGGUUGAAUAUCCUUUAUCUAAAAUAUUUAGAAAUACAAGGCUAAACACAAUUUAUGCAUGUAUCAUGUAUAUCUUGUAUUUUCAUGUAUAUAUAUAUAUACAUGUGUAUUUAUAUUUUCUGUGUGCCUGUGUUUUGACUGUCAUCCAUCACAUGAGAUUAGGCAUUGAUCCACUAGUGACAUGAAGUUAGAGCUCACAGGUUUUGGAUUUUGGAGCAUUUGGAGUUUGUAUUUUUGGAUCAGAGAUGUUUGUAGUCAGCUUGUAGAUCAAACUUGUAGUGAGGUUUUGGUUGAGACUUAGAAGUAAGUGUGUAUAUUUACGGAAUGAUAAAUACACUGAAUAUUCUUUGCCAAAGCUAAUACUGCUUCAGAUACUCCAGUUCCAAAUCACUUUAUGAAAUGUGCUUUUCUUGAACUCUUACUUUCAGACUUAUAAUUUUGUGUGACUUUUAGGUCCAUACCUCCACCAUGCUUUCCUGUGACAUAUGUGGUGAAACAGUAACCUCAGAACCAGACAUGAAGGCUCACCUAGUGGUUCACAUGGAAAGCGAAGUUACAUGUCCAUUUUGCAAGUUGUCAGGUAUAAAUUAUGAUGAGAUGUGUUUUCAUAUUGAAACUGCUCAUUUUGAGCAGAAUACACCAGAAAGAAACUUUGAGAGGCUAAAUGCAAUACAGUAUGAAAACCCGGACAGCAAGAAUACCACCCUGCAGAGUACAACGGAGGUUAAUUCAAGUAUUCAUUCAGCUUGUGCAUCAAAUUUUCCAAAAAAUUCAUCCCACCAUCUUCCUAAAGAUGGGACUUUAAAACAUGAAGCUUUUCAUACAGAGAGCAUAACUGAAUCUAGAAAGUGCCUGAAAAGCCCGGAAAAGCAGUCUGGAUUGUCUGUGGUACAAGGAUCAAUUUAUGAAACCACGUACAGUCCUCCUGAAUGUCCAUUUUGUGGGAAAAUAGAAGAGCGAAGUCAAGAUAUGGAGAUGCACGUAAAAACAGAGCACGCCAGUCUCUUAGAAACUCCACCAGAAGACUGUCAUCAACCACUCUAUGACUGUCCCAUGUGUGGGCUCAUCUGUACAAAUUACCAUAUUCUCCAGGAACACGUGGACUUGCAUUUAGAUGAAAGCAGCUUUCAGCAAGGCAUGGACAGAGUCCAGUGCUCUGGUGAUAGAGAAUUAGCUGAGCAGCUUCAGCAAGAAGAAGACAGGAAGAGGAAAUCUGAGGAAUCAAGGCAAGAAAGGGAAGAGUUCCAGAAGUUGCAGCGGCAGUAUGGUUUAGAUAAUUCUGGAGGAUACAAACAACAGCAGCUACGGCAUAUGGAGAUAGAAGUAAAUAGGGGAAGAAUGCAUCCAUCUGAAUUUCAUAGCAGAAAAGCUGACAUGAUGGAAUCAAUAGCUAUUGGUAUUGAUGAUGGAAAAACAAAAACUUCUGGAAUUAUUGAAGCUCUCCAUAGAUAUUACCAGAACAUUGCCACAGAUGUGAGGUGCGUGUGGCUCUCUACAAUGGUUGAUCACUUUCAUUCAUCUUUUGGGGACAAAGGUUGGGGUUGUGGUUACAGAAAUUUCCAGAUGCUACUUUCAUCAUUGCUACAAAAUGAUGUGUAUGGUGACUGCUUGAAAGGUAUGUCAAUUCCUUGUAUUCCAAAAAUUCAGUCCAUGAUUGAAGAUGCAUGGAAGGAAGGUUUUGAUCCUCAGGGAGCCUGUCAACUUAAUAACAAGUUACAGGGAACAAAGGCCUGGAUUGGAGCAUGUGAGAUUUAUACACUUCUGACCUCACUGAGAGUAAAGUGCCGCAUUAUUGAUUUCCAUAAGUCAACUGGUCCUUCUGGUACACACCCUCGCUUAUUUGAAUGGAUAUUGAACUAUUAUUCUUCAGAGAGGGAAGGGAAUUCAAAGGUUGUGUGUACAUCUAAACCUCCUGUCUAUCUCCAGCAUCAGGGUCACAGUCGAACAAUUGUUGGAAUUGAAGAGAGAAAAAACCGAACAUUAUGUUUACUAGUAUUUGAUCCUGGAUGUCCUUCCCGAGAAAUGCAGAAACUGUUAAAGCAAGACAUAGAGGCUGGUAGUCUUAGGCAGCUACGGAAAUCUGUGGGAAAUCUAAAACACAAGCAAUACCAGAUUGUAGCAGUAGAGGGCGUUCUUUCACCAGAGGAGAAAGUUGCCAGGAAACAAGCUUCUCAAGUGUUUACAGCAGAGAAGAUUCCUUGAAUGAAAUAUUUAGGUGAUUUUUUACUUAUCCUUUUUCUGAUAUUGAACUCUGAUACAGUUGAAGAAUUUGAUUUCAUUUAAGUCCUUGAUAUAACAUUUAAGUUAUGAAUGCCUGUUAAGUUAUACUUCUUAGUACUUCAUUGUCUAGUAAUUGGUUGAAUAAAAUACCUCUUUGUAUUGUUGA